AUGUCUUACGGUAGAGAUCAACAAUAUAACAAAUCCAAUUACGGUUCUAGAGGUGGUGACUUCCGUGGUGGUAGAGGUUCCGACAGAAACUCUUACAACAACAAUAACGGUGGUAGUUACGGUAACAACGGUGGUUUCGGUGGCCGUGGUGGCAAUGGUGGCCGUGGUGGUCGUUUCAACGAAUCCGUUGAACUUGUUGCUCCAAAUUGGGAUGUUGAAUUACCAAAUUUACCAUCCUUUGAAAAGAACUUCUAUGUUGAACAUGAAAAUGUCAGAAACAGAGAUGAUUCUGAAAUUGCUCGAUUUAGAAAGGAAAAUGAAAUGACCAUUACUGGUGAUAAUAUUCCAAAACCAAUUACAACUUUUGAUGAAGCUGGUUUCCCAGAUUAUGUUUUAGAAGAAGUUAAGGCUGAAGGUUUUGAAAAACCAACUGGUAUCCAAUGUCAGGGUUGGCCUAUGGCUCUUUCCGGUAGAGAUAUGAUUGGUGUUGCUGCUACAGGUUCCGGUAAGACUCUAUCUUACUGUUUACCAGGUAUUGUUCAUAUCAAUGCUCAACCUCUACUUUCUCCAGGUGAUGGUCCAAUUGUUUUAGUCUUGGCUCCAACCAGAGAAUUAGCUGUUCAAAUUCAAACUGAAUGUUCUAAGUUUGGUCACAGUUCUAGAAUCAGAAACACCUGUGUUUACGGUGGUGUUCCAAAGGGUCAACAAAUUAGAGAUUUAACUCGUGGUUCCGAAAUUGUUAUUGCUACUCCAGGUAGAUUAAUUGAUAUGCUUGAAAUUGGUAAGACUAACUUAAAGAGAGUUACUUACUUAGUUUUGGAUGAAGCCGAUAGAAUGUUAGAUAUGGGUUUCGAACCACAAAUCAGAAAAAUUGUUGAUCAAAUCAGACCAGAUAGACAAACCCUGAUGUGGUCUGCUACUUGGCCAAAGGAAGUCAAGCAAUUGGCUAGUGAUUACUUACAUGACCCAAUUCAAGUUCAAAUUGGUUCUUUGGAACUUUCAGCUUCUCACAACAUUACACAAGUUGUCGAAGUUGUUUCCAACUUUGAAAAGAGAGACCGUUUGAACAAACACAUUGAAAUUGCUUCCCAAGAUGCUGAAUCUAAGAUGUUGGUCUUCGCUUCUACCAAGAGAACUUGUGAUGAAAUCACUACUUAUCUAAGAGAAGAAGGCUGGCCAGCUCUUGCCAUUCAUGGUGACAAAGCUCAAAGAGAGCGUGAUUGGGUUCUAGAUGAAUUCAGAAACGGUAGAUCUCCAAUUAUGGUUGCUACUGAUGUUGCUGCCAGAGGUAUUGACGUUAAAGGUAUUAGUUAUGUUAUUAACUACGAUAUGCCAGGUAACAUUGAAGAUUAUGUCCACAGAAUUGGUAGAACUGGUAGAGCAGGUGCUAAAGGUACCGCUAUCUCCUUCUUUACUGAAGAUAACAAAUCUCUAGGUGCUUCUUUAAUCUCUAUCAUGAGAGAAGCUAAACAAACCAUUCCACAAGAUCUAUUAAGAUAUGACAGAAGACAAAGAGGUCCACAUCCAAGAUACGGUGGUGGCCGUGGUGGCCGUGGUGGUUACGGUAGACGUGGUGGAUUCGGUGGCGGCCGUGGUGGUCGUGGCGGUAAUGGUGGCUUCAACAGACCAAGAGAUGGUGGUUGGGGUAACAGAGGUGGUAACUAUUAG